GCAGCUCCUGUCCUCUCUCUCCCCCUCCCCCUCUUGGAAGCCCCUGAAUCUUGCUGCUUGCACUCUCUCUCUAUCUGCUUGUUCUAGCCGGUAUCCCCUAAUCCUUCUCCCGGAUACCUCAGCAGCCAUCCUUUCCUAUUGUCCCCGCCGCCCUUAGUUACCCCUCUGCUCCAGCCUGGGGGCUUGGGUACUGCUCCUGCACACACUCUCACACAGUGCCAACAGCCUCUCCCAUGAUUCUGAGCUGAGAACUUCACUGUCGCUGCUUCUAGUUGCUGCUAUCCUUAUCUAAUAUCCCAGAGGAUUAUGAAAUCUCUUCCAGUUUCAGGAUGCCUAGGUGCUCACAACCCCUUCUGGUGCCCGACACCCAAGAAAGCUCCUAACUAGGCCCCUGCUGGUACCGACCUAUUAUUGUGCAGGAGCCUGGCUAUUGUGGGGUUCUGCUCCAGCUGAAUCACCCUACUGAUUGGCAGUGAUCAUCUGCCUAGAGACCCCACUUCCACCGCAAAAAUGCAUCGGACCACCAGGAUUAAAAUUACCGAGUUAAACCCACACCUCAUGUGUGUGCUGUGUGGCGGAUACUUCAUAGAUGCUACAACCAUAAUCGAAUGUCUCCAUUCCUUUUGUAAAACCUGCAUCGUUCGGUAUCUGGAGACCAGCAAAUACUGUCCGAUCUGUGAUGUUCAAGUACAUAAAACCAGGCCCCUUCUCAACAUCAGGGCAGACAAAACCCUUCAGGAUAUUGUGUAUAAGUUGGUGCCAGGGCUUUUCAAAGGUGAAAUGAAGAGGAGAAGAGACUUUUAUGCUGCUCAUCCUUCUGCAGAUGCUUCCAAUGGCUCCAACGAGGAUAGAGGAGAGGUCGCAGACGAGGACAAGAGGAUCAUUACGGACGAUGAGAUCAUUAGCUUGUCCAUCGAGUUCUUUGACCAAAACAGGGCUGAUCGGAAGGGAAGCAAAGACAAAGAGAAAUCCAAGGAAGAGGCCAAUGACAAGCGCUACCUGCGCUGCCCAGCCGCCCUCACAGUCAUGCAUCUAAGGAAGUUCCUGAGAAGUAAGAUGGACAUCCCCAGCAAUUUCCAGAUCGAUGUGAUGUACGAGGAGGAACCGCUGAAGGACUAUUACACCUUAAUGGAUAUUGCUUAUAUCUACACCUGGAGAAGGAACGGGCCCCUUCCGUUGAAGUACAGAGUAAGACCGACCUGUAAAAGAAUGAAGAUAAACCCACACACCGACAGGAUAACCAACACUAGCGGGGACAUGGAAAGUGACUCUGGCAGCGACAAAGCGGGCAGCCUGGGUGGCGGCAUGCCUUCCACCUCCUCCUGUAUGCCAAGCCCCAGCACCCCUGUGCAGUCCCCGCACCCACAGUUCCCCCACAUCUCCAGCACCAUGAAUGGAACCAGCUCCAGCAGCAGCCACCAGAACCCCUUCGCCAACAGAGCAAGGAAAAUAUCCUUAAACGGAGCCUCUGCCAUCUCUUCGGGAUGAGGGCGCCCCCUAGGGAUGGGAGGACUGGCGCACCGCCUGGUUCCUAGAUCUCUCCAUACCAUUGCAGCUUUCUAGAUGCUAAUAUGUGUGGCGUUUUGUCCAAAUCGCUUUCUUUGUAGUGAAACCAUAUAUCGCCCAGGAGUGAAUCCAGAGGAUUAUUAUUUAAAGGUUACAGUGAAAGACUCUUGAAAGUGUUAUUUAGUUGGCUAACCAAUGGUAUGGGAUGUGGAUGUCGCGCUGGAUGCAGGGGAGGAUACUUUUGGAUGGAUGAGGCAUUGGCUUUAUUGACCUUGGAACAGGGCAUUGUUGGGCCACUGUGGAUAUACAAACCGUAGCUACACUAUGUGGGUGGCAGUUAGGAAUGAUCAUGUUGGAUGUACAAGUUGUGCACUUCCAGUGGAUACCCUUGGCAUCGCAUGGAUCUCACCCUGCUGGAUAUAUUGUGUGCCCUCUUUGAUAGCUCUGCUUGUUGGCUUACCGUGCCCUGGGCUUGUUGUGUUUGGGAAGGAUCCAAGACCAGACAAACGGUGGAUUAAGUCAUUUGGAGUACAAGGGGGAUCUCUUGGGAACAGACCCACCACCAGCUCUUUUCUGUGUGUGGACUAAUAGAAAGCGAUCAUCUUGUCACAUCCAGCCGAGAGAUACAUAGAGACGCAUCUAUGUAGCCAUUUCACUGUGAAUAGCGUUAGCCAUGUUGAUUUCUUUCUUUUUUUUUCAUAUUUCAUUUGUCCUGGCACCCAAUUUACUACCAGAGCACCCAGCACCCCAGAUGGCAUAUCUGGAAGCAAAUUGGUUCAUUUGUCGCUGCACAGAAUUGGUCAAGUUAUGAAAAAAAAAUCAUGAAACAAAAAAGAAACGCAUUGUUUUCCAGUUUUACAAUCUUUGCCUAAAGAAAGCGGGUAUUACCGUUUUAUUUUAGUGACUUGUAUAAAUGAUUCGCUUUUGUAAGAAUCAGUUGGCAUUCUGCGUGUUGAACAAUGCCAUAUUGGUAUAUGACAUAACAGGAGACAGUAUUGUAUGAUAUAUUUAUAAAUACUAUAAUGAAAAUUAUUGUGUUUCAUGCACUCACAAAUGAUUGUUAAGGUUCAUUCUUUUUUUAAUUAUUUUUCCCAAAAAUCUAUCCGAAUUGUCAGUUUGAUAGCACAGCCUUGAGGAGUCCCAGGGGCACAAGUCUGUUUGUCAGCAUCAAGUCAGUAUGGUUCCAAGCAAUAAGGGCCCACAGUGUGUUUGUUUUUAACUCUCCUAAGUACAGUGUAAAAUCCACAACUUGUUUGGGAAGUACCAGCUGUUUGCAGUGUUAAAUUAAAACUAAUAAUAUUGCUAUUAUCUGGUAAAAUGACCCCCCCCCCCUUCAGUUAAUAAUGAGUUUCUUACAUCUCUUCAAGGACCAUUUUCAUAAUUAUCUGAAAGGUUUUUGAUUAUUGCCCCCACACAGCUGUGACAGAACUACAUCUCCUAAUCUACCUCCAUAGCCAAUUAGUCAGGGGGUACUAGGGGUUGUAGUUUAGCCACCAGUAGAUCUGCUCUGAUCAAGCUCCUUGCAUCUUCAAUAUAUUGGCCCAGAGAGUUGACAAUAGACUGGCUUGGAUCCAGCCUGGUGUCUGCUGAUCAUUGAGUGUAAUGUUGGUAAGGAAAUUCGUGGCACAUCAUUUCAUUGUCUCCAGUCUACAAAUGAAAGAAGCACAAUUCUAUUGCUUUCUCUUCUCGCUUAUAGUCAUUAAACCGUUACUUUUACAUAUUCCUGGUAUCCCGUUUCAUUCCUCUUCUGGGAAAUCCUUCAGUCUGGUGAAAGACAGCAGCAGUCAUUUGUUCAUUGUUAGUAACCAGUUUUCCCAACAGUAUAUCUGUUCUUAAAACAAUAUUGUACCGUUUACAUAUAUGCUUAAUAUGUAUUAAACUGUGCUGAAACGA